CCCGGAGGCCUUUGCGGCUGACGAGGGAAAGUACGCUUCCCAGGGGCCUCUGCUGCCCCGCGACCGGAAGCGGCGGGCGAGCCGAGUGUCCUUGCGCGCGGAGUAGAGCGACUAUGGGGUCCCGAGUGUGGUCGCUGAUGAGGUUUCUCAUCAAGGGGAGUGUGGCUGGGGGAGUUGUCUACCUGGUGUAUGACCAGGAGCUUCUGGGACCCGGCGACAAGAGCCAGGCGGCCCUUCAGAAGGCGGAGGAGGUGGUCCCCCCUGCCAUGUACCAGUUCAGCCAGUACGUGUGUGAGCAGACGGGCCUGAAGUUACCCCAGCUCCCAGCCCCUCCAAAGUUUAACUUUCACAUCCGCGAGUCCUGGAAUUCAGGCAUUAUUACCGUGAUGUCGGCCUUGUCGGUGGCCCCUUCCAAGGCCCGCGAAUACACCAAGGAGGGCUGGGAAUACCUGAAGGAGCGAAUCAAGUAGCCUGUCAGAGGAGGUUGCCUUCCCUGUUCAGGAACAUGCCCCUGGACCUCAAGCCUCCAGAGCAGGACCCCACUCCAAGGGCAGCUCCUGGCCUUACUGGCCCAAUAAAGGACUUUGGAAGUGUCCCCCAA